AUGGCAAGAUCAGGUAACGAAUAUUAUCCAGUUAUUCUUGAUAUAAACUCAACAUUCAUACGUGCGGGAUUUGCCGGUGAUGCUUUGCCUUUGGAAACAAUUAAAUCAGUUGAUCAAAAUGAUCAAAGCACUCUAAAUAAGGUACCUCCGUACUAUGACUUAAACGAUGCCUCAAUGACUUCUGAACAGCUUGAUAUGGUUAUGUCAUGUAUGUUUUCAUCCAACCCGGUUAUUAAACAGGUAUCAGAGAUAUAUACGAAAGAUUCUAGUCAUACAAGGCAUUCAAAGAGUAUAUCAGGAAAUAAUUUGCAAUUAAAACUCUCAGAUAUUUUUAUCAAUCAUUUGCUAGUUUCACCUCCUAGAACCAAAAUAAUUAUAGUUGAUUCUGGCUAUUCCAUAUUAGAAAAAUCCAGAAUUUCAAAAAUUUUGCUAUUUAAGAUUGGAGUUAAAUCAAUUAUUUGGACACCAGAAUCUACUUUGCAUGUUAUCGGGGCAAAUAGUAUCAACGGCCUAGUAGUGAAUGUUCAGUGGGACUCAUUGCUUUUAAAUUCAAUUAUAGACCUCAGAAUUAUAAGCCAUUUAGAGCAGUUUGAUAAGUUCAAUGGUAAUACUUUACAUUAUAAAAUAAUAGAGAAAUUGUUAGAAUUGGAAGAUGAAGAUGUAAACACAUUGCUUAAGAACACUAACUUAUUUGAUAUUAUCGAAAAUUUUAUUGCAAAUGCAGUAUAUGUCAGGUCUAUAGAUGACAAAGAUGAUGAUUCCAGGUUAUUCCAAAUUUCAGAAGGCAUCAAUAUCCCCAAUCGGCUACGAUACGAAGUCGUAGAAUCACUAUUUUUUGAGGAAGACAAUUUAUCCCAGUUAAUAGCGUCCAAUGUAAUAAAAUUACCAAUCGACUUAAGACCAAUCUUACUAGAAAACAUAAUAAUAACUGGAGAAAUGUCCAAUAUUCCUGGUUUCAAAUCACGACUUAUACGAGAAGUUAGAAAUUUGGUCACCGGUAUUGUAAGUUGCAAAAUUACUUUAGGUCUGUGGGCCGGUUGCUCUUUAUAUUGUUCUACUACAUUAGUACGACAGAAUGAAGAAGUGUGGAAAUCUCAAGAGAUAACGAAAGAAACUCUAACUAAAUCAAUCUCACCCGAUGGAAUUUACUUAACAAACAUACCAGAUGCAUUCAAUUCACUAUAUAAAAAUAGCUCAACGUAA